AUGGCCAUCGCUGAGAAGCACAUCUUUGUCCCUCUGGCAGUGGAGACUACCGGCAUCCUGGGCCCAGCAGCCUCCGCCUUCCUUUCGGAGCUCGGAAGGAGGAUCACCGAGGCAACAGGAGAUCGCCGUGAAGUCACCUGGCUGCGUCAACGGGUGUCUCUAGCCAUCAUCCGGGGAAACGCCGCCGCCGUUCUAGCCACCGCCUCCUCGGUGCAAGAGAGGCACGUCUCAAUGAGGCCUAGAAUGUCGUCAGGUCAGCCUCGUAACCCCGGAGAAAGAAACAGGCGGCAGCAACCACAUGAAGAAGAAAAGCAAAGACCAGUUGAUCAGCAUCUUGUUCCGGUCGUCCAAGCAACUGACUCGAAUGAGACCGACAAGGACCCUCACGAGUCGCCGUCGCCGCGCCGGCUCAGCGAUGCCUCCCGACGAGAGGGCGACUCGCCGCAUCUGUCCGUGGCCAAGCGUCCGCGAUCGGUGGAGCGGGCACCCAGCUGCCCGGACCGUGCUGACAAGGAGAACACAAAGCGGCUGCAGGUGGCCAGCGUCGGCUCGCGCCGGAUCUACGGUGCCUCGGCCGACGCCGGUGGCUCGCGGUUCGCUGCAAGUCCACAGAUGCGGCCGACGCCGUGGCCGCGCAAGUCCGGAGAGGGCGGCAAGAACCCGCAACUGCACUGCAGUAAGGCGCAGACGGCAAGUCGCGGCCUGCAGCUGAUCCCGGCCAUCCGACCGCUCGACUCUGACGAGGACGGUAAGGACCCUCUGUAUAUCGGCCUACCCAACUGCGGAAACUCUUGCUAUCAGAACGCCACCCUGCAGUCGCUGCUGGGCCUGCGUCCGUUCCUGAGUGAGAUGGUCUCCCUGAUCUCGGGCCAGGACGAGAGCGGCCAGGGCCGCACGAUGCGCGCCGUCGCCAAACUGAUGGUGCUGCGCCAGAAGGCGCUCAGCAAAUCAGUCGCCAACCAUCUUAAUGACCUUCGCAACGUGUUCGCCGACAUCGACCCGGCGUUCCAAGGGAGUGAGAUGCAGGACGCCAACGAGUUCUUGCUUCGCCUGCUAGACACCACGAAGGAAGAGAUCGACGCGCGGCGGACAACCGACAACCCGGUGCGAGACAACUUCCAGUACCAGACCGUCGAGAGUUAUAUGUGCACCAAUUGCCAUGAAACCGUGCAGAAACGGCAAGAGGACAUUAGCUGGUUUGUCAGCGUGCCGCGCCGUCAGGGCACAGAGGCGCCCACGCUGCAGGACGCACUGCGGCUGAGCAUGCAGCCUGACCGGCGCGAGCUACUCUGUCAGCACUGCCGCCAUGACGAGUGCCGUGUCACCACCAAAAUCAGCCAGCUGCCCAGGACGCUGAUACUCCAGCUCAACCGGUACGCCUUCCUUGGGGAGGACUCGAAGAAAAUCUGCGCAUAUGUCGGCAUUCCCAAGUUCCUUUCGCUGAACGAGCACGUCGCGGACGACGUCACCCGGCCUCCCGAGUGGAAGUGCACAAAACCUCCCUUGUACACCCUCUCCGACUUCGAGGAGUCUGAGGCGCCCAGCUCGGGUCCGUCGCCGUCGUCCACCGCCCGUGGACCGUCGUCGGUGCCGGCCGCGCAGGCCGAGCGUGUGGUGCUGGACGCCGACUCCAUGAAAGACGACCAGUCUCUCUCUUCAGUGGACCUGGCCGGCGACUUUACCUACCGGCUGGUGAGCGUCGUCAGCCACUACGGCAGCGCCACGCACUCCGGACACUACGUGUCGGACGUAUACAGCGUCGGCAGGGACCGAUGGUUCCACUAUGACGAUCGCCGAGUCAGCUGUGUCGACGAGACCGACGUUCUGGUUAAUGGACCCCAGAGAAACGGCUAUAUUUUCUUUUACCUCCACAAAGACCUAUGCAACCAAGUAGUCAGCGUGGAGGGUGCUGACGGGGCACUGUGA